AGCCAUUCUUGCCAUGUGGCUCACCACCGUCGUCAUGUUCUCCGUUUCCACAGUGCAUUAUAUCCUAUCUUGGGUAUUUCUUAAUGCUGCUCUCGAUACCGAUCAACUGACUAUCAAUGUCUACAUCGAAGAUUGCGCAGGGCGCGGUGGCGGGUCUGGCGACGUCCCUAAAUACCUGGAAAAGUUGAUGAACAGACUGUUGGUCGCCUUUCUGUGUCUCCCCAAUAUCAACGUAGUAUAUCCUCAACGACCUAGUCGUGUUCUGGAGAGCGUGGAUAUUGUGGGACAAGAGUCCCAGAAUAGCAGCGGUUUGCGGAUUCUGUACCUUAUGCAAUAUCGUGGCCGCGUUGUUUGAAAGCGUCUCGUCUGCUCAUCCUUCCACGAGAUGGGGCCCUGUGGGCUCCUCCUACUUCGUGUGGUGCACUUCGUUAUUCUCCAACGUGCUGGCCACAGGAUUGAUCGCGUAUGAAGCUUGGAAACACAGAGCAGCAAUCAGAACGAACCUCGAGGGGCGUACUCUGCGGACAAAAAGUGAGGCGGUCUUCACCCUCCUUGUGGAGUCGGGAACCCUCUACUGCGCCAUAUGGGGCGUUUAUAUCUUCAGCCUGGAGUACUACAUAUACCACCAAUCGCGAGGCUUCGAUGCAUCCCAAUCAUUCUCCAUGAGGAUGUUCACGAACUCCAUGCCAGCACUUAUGAUUCAACUGUCGGGAAUAUACCCCACUAUGAUCAUUGUGCUCGUCGCCCUUCAAAAGACAGCCUGCGACUUGACAGCCUCACAAUAUGACACUGCAUCGCAAGCGAUGAAUUUCGCAACGCGAGGAGUAACACUAAUAC